UCGUUUGGAUUACUACGGGAACUGCAGCUCCGUCCCUGCAAGGAUUUUAUCCUCAGCACUGCACUGAUUAAGCUAUUUUUCUACAAAGAUGGCAGUGUGCAGGGUAGAAGGGAACAGGACCCAUAUGUCAGUGGUCUAGGAUGGCCAGUGAAGGCUCCAACAUCCCAAGUCCUGUGGUCCGUCAGAUUGACAAGCAGUUUCUGAUUUGCAGCAUAUGCCUGGAUCGUUACAAGAACCCCAAAGUACUUCCCUGCCUGCACACUUUCUGUGAGAGGUGCUUACAGAAUUACAUUCCAGCCCAUAGCUUAACCCUUUCUUGCCCCGUGUGCCGCCAGACCUCCAUUCUGCCAGAGAAAGGGGUUUCUGCACUCCAGAACAACUUCUUUAUCACCAACCUGAUGGAUGUCCUGCAGCGAACACCAGACAACAGCAUUGAAGAGUCCUCCAUCUUGGAGACUGUCACCGCUGUUGCUGCGGGCAAACCGCUUUCCUGCCCCAAUCAUGAUGGAAAUGUGAUGGAGUUUUACUGCCAGUCCUGUGAGACAGCCAUGUGCCGGGAGUGUACAGAGGGAGAACACGCAGAACAUCCCACGGUACCGCUCAAGGAUGUGGUGGAGCAACACAAGGCUUCCCUCCAAGUCCAGCUGGAUGCUGUCAACAAAAGGCUUCCAGAGAUCGACUCAGCCCUUCAUUUUAUAUCUGAAAUCAUACACCAGUUAACCAACCAAAAGGCUAGCAUUGUAGAUGACAUUCAUUCCACUUUUGAUGAACUCCAGAAGACUUUAAAUGUGAGAAAGAGCGUGCUGCUUAUGGAACUGGAAGUGAAUUAUGGCCUUAAACACAAAGUCCUCCAGACACAGCUGGAUACCUUACUUGAAGGACAAGAAAGCAUUAAAAGUUGCAGCAACUUCACGGCCCAAGCCCUCAACCAUGGCACUGAAACUGAAGUUCUGCUGGUGAAGAAGCAAAUGGGCGACAAGCUGAAUGAACUGGCAGAGCGGGACUUCCCGUUGCAGCCCCGUGAAAACGAUCAGUUAGACUUCAUAGUGGAGACAGAAGGCCUGAAGAAGUCCAUUCACAAUCUGGGAACUAUUUUAACCACCAAUGCUGUUGCCUCUGAAACAGUUGCCACAGGUGAGGGAUUGAGGCAGACAGUGAUUGGACAGCCCAUGUCCGUUACCAUCACAACUAAGGACAAAGAUGGGGAGCUCUGUAAAUCUGGGAAUGCUUACCUCACUGCUGAACUGAGCACGCCUGAUGGGAGUGUAGCAGAUGGAGAAAUACUUGACAAUAAAAAUGGCACUUAUGAAUUUUUGUAUACUGUUCAGAAAGAAGGGGACUUCACUUUGUCACUGAGACUUUAUGAUCAACAUAUCAAGGGCAGCCCAUUCAAACUUAAAGUGGUCAGAUCAGCAGAUGUGUCCCCUACUACUGAAGGGGUUAAGAGGCGUGUUAAAUCUCCUGGCAGUGGUCAUGUGAAGCAGAAAGCUGUGAAAAGACCUGCAAGCAUGUAUAGCACCGGCAAAAGAAAAGAGAAUCCCAUUGAAGAUGAUUUGAUCUUCAGAGUAGGCACCAAAGGAAGAAACAAAGGGGAAUUUACAAAUCUUCAAGGUGUAGCUGCAUCUACAAAUGGAAAAAUAUUAAUAGCAGACAGUAACAACCAGUGUGUGCAGAUAUUUUCCAAUGAUGGUCAGUUCAAAAGUCGUUUUGGCAUACGAGGAAGGUCUCCUGGCCAGUUGCAGCGGCCAACAGGAGUGGCUGUGCAUCCCAGUGGUGACAUCAUUAUUGCAGAUUAUGAUAACAAAUGGGUUAGCAUAUUCUCAUCAGAUGGAAAAUUUAAGGCCAAAAUUGGGUCUGGAAAGCUCAUGGGCCCUAAAGGUGUUUCUGUGGAUCGUAACGGACACAUCAUUGUAGUGGACAAUAAAGCAUGCUGUGUCUUCAUCUUCCAGCCAAACGGGAAAAUAGUCACCAGGUUUGGUAGUCGAGGAAACGGUGACAAGCAGUUUGCAGGUACACUUGAUGGUCCUCAUUUUGCAGCUGUAAACAGCAACAAUGAAAUUAUCAUUACAGAUUUUCAUAACCAUUCUGUCAAGGUAUUUAACCAGGAGGGAGAAUUCAUCCUGAAGUUUGGAUCAAAUGGAGAAGGAAAUGGACAAUUUAAUGCACCAACUGGAGUAGCUGUAGAUUCUAAUGGAAAUAUUAUCGUAGCAGAUUGGGGAAACAGCCGAAUACAGGUUUUUGAUGGAAGUGGAUCAUUUUUAUCCUACAUUAACACCUCUGCUGACCCACUUUAUGGUCCUCAAGGUCUGGCUCUUACUUCAGAUGGCCAUGUUGUAGUUGCAGACUCCGGAAAUCACUGCUUCAAGGUCUAUCGAUACUUACAGUAGCAAUGAGCUCGGGAGCUGGAUAAUCGUCCACCCUUAAGAAAAGACUGGUCCUAGAGAUCCAAUGCAGGAUAUCUCCUACUUUGAAUUAAUUUUUAAUAAUGAAGGAGUCUCUUAUGGACUUCUCGUGUUAAUUUCCAAACUUACCUUGUUUACAUAGGACUUGCACCUCUUAUGUUUCUCACUGAACUUUUUGUUGUAAGGGUUAAUAUACAAAAUCCUCUUUAACUGAAUUCCUAAAGACAAUGUGAUAUUAAACACAAACUGCAACUUACAGAACUGGAAUUAACUAAUUAGGCAAAAAUGAUAAAAAUCUGGGAGAAGUCCCCAAAGCUUUUUGAAGACUGCGAAGGGUAGCUCCUGCUCAGAGCUUCCACAUUUAAAGUAUCAUUGUUAUGCAUUAUUUAACCCAGAGGUGAUCCUGGGAAUCUUCUAGAUCUCAUUAUCAUGGUAGGUAUUACACUUCUAACAUUCUUCAGUCUUACUAUCUAUAACAAGUAGGUCCUUUUAGUAUAAGGUUAAGUCUCACAAAAUCCGUCUAGCUCUAACCGUCAGACCUAACACAGCUC